AUGCAAGAUGUGUUGGAUGAGGACUCGGAUAUGAGCGACUGGCUGGUAGAGCGGGAAUCGAAGUCCGGUGUGGUGCUGCACGACAGGCUCAUGACCGACGCGGCGUUGGGUGCGGUACCAAUAAAGACAGAACACUCGUAUAGCCUACAUUCAGAUGUGGAAUCGUCGCCACCUUCACCAAACCACACCAAAGUAGACGAUAUGGAAGACGAAUGCUAUCCAACAAUCCCAGCCAGCGCGUGGCGGAGCAGGCGACGGUCAAGCUCAUCGCUAACAGAAGUGAAGGCUGAGCCCAAGUCGGAGCCCGAAUCGCCAGCCUCCUCAUGUCCCCCCUCGCCUACACCUGGCACGCCCCUCACACAACUAGACUACGUAAUUGACCACACGACGGGAACAAUUCACAUGCCACAAGCAGUGCUACAAAAGGUGGGCGCGGCGGCGGUGCCCCAGCUGCUGUUAACCGCGGCGCCACGUAUAGCCAACUCGCUCAGCAGCAACAAACUCUCCAUCAAAGUCACUUCCAGCUCAGGCGCAUCAGGCUUCAACUUACCACCGACGCCGCCGUCGUCGCUGUCGUCGUCGGACAGCGAGGGCGCGCUGUCGCCGGCGCACGAGCCGAGCGCGGCGCCCGCCCCCGCCGCGCCCGCCCGCCGCGCGCACCUCUACGUGUCGCAGCACUCGCGGCAGCCCAUCAACACGCCGCUCAUCAGCAGCCAGCCGAAAGGAUCUACAGGCACCUUGGUACUAACAGAAGAAGAAAAGCGCACAUUACUAGCAGAGGGAUACCCGGUACCAACACGUCUACCUCUCACAAAAGCCGAGGAGAAAUCUCUUAAGAAGAUCAGGAGGAAAAUUAAAAAUAAGAUAUCUGCUCAAGAAAGUAGACGCAAGAAGAAGGAAUACAUGGACCAACUAGAAAGGAAGGUAGAAAUAUUAGUGUCAGAAAAUUCGGACUACAGGAAGAGGGUGGAGACGUUGGAACAAAAGAAUGCAAACUUGCUCAGUCAAUUGGCCGCCCUCCAGGCCCUCGUCACUCGCAAUGCAAGAAAGUGA